GGUUCUUACGAUGGCGGCAUGCUCUGGCGCGUGCGAUGGAUGCUCCGCCGGUGACGCGAUCGGCGAUCGCAAGCUCGAUGUUGCGAGGUCAGUGUGCAUGAAAUGCAAGGAGGAAGCAGCCGUGGCGCUCGCGAAUCAGACGGAACCGAUGUGCGCGCAGUGCCUUCGAUCCAGCAUUCUCGGCAAAUUCAAGACGGUGCUCAACACUCAUGCGCUGGUGAGUGCGCAGGAUAGGAUCUUGCUGGGAUUUUCUGGGGGUCCGUCGUCGCGCGUAGCGCUCGAGUUCCUGGCCGAGAUAAGAUCCGAGGCACUGGCAUCCAGGGCUUUGAAUGCUCCGGGGUUUGGUCUCGGUGUCGUCUUUAUCGACGAGGGGCUGGCGAUUGGAACUUCCAGGGAAGAAAGGAGCCAUGCAGUGGAUGUAGUGGAAAAGAUAGUUUCCAGGCUAGAGCUUCCCCUAGUCGUCAGGCGACUGGAAGAGGUUUUCGACGACGAUAAUCAGGAGGAUUGUUCCACACAGCUCAAGAAUUUGCUCGACUCUGUCAAGGAUGGAACUGGAAAGGAGGAUAUAGUGGAGAUACUUCGCAUGGAACUGCUGGAACAAGUUGCAAAGAAGGAAGGAUACACUAAGUUGGUGCUGGGACUGUCGACGACAAGGAUUGCCGCUCGGGUGGUUUCUGCCACAGCCAAAGGCCAAGGCUUCGCUUUGGCAGCUGGAGUACAGUACGUUGAUUCGAGGUGGCAUGCUCCGGUCGUGCUUCCGCUCAGGGACUGUGCUACGAAGGAACUAGCGCUGCUGUGCCACUUUUUCCACCUCGAGACGCUGUUCUUGACGAACUUUUCUACUCUUGUGGAGCCUAGCGCCAGCACCAUCAACAGCCUGUGCAGCAACUUUGUGUUCACGCUACGAGAGGACAACUCUUCCAGGGAUCACACGAUCGUUAGAACUGCCGGGAAGCUGACGCCAUUCAGUUUCAACCAUCUCGCGCCGUCCAACGGAGAUUCUCGGUCCAUGCGGAAGAGACGGGGCGUUAAGACGGAGCUGUCAAACAGUGGAAGCAACAUGGAGGCACUGUGCGUUUUGUGUCGAGCUCCAGUAGAUGGCCGCUCGCAGUUAGAGGAUGAUCCACGCUACUGUCGGAGCUGCACGCUGCAGAUUGUAGACGACAGCAAAGUUUGCAACUUACUUCCUCGCCACAUUCAAGCGAGACGAGCCGGUCAGGCGUGGAUGAAGUCGAAGAUCGAGGAAUUCUUGCUUUAAGUAAGAAGGAAGGCCCGGGAAGAGAAAAGCUUACAGUACUAGCAGCCAACAGGUGCGUCAAAACAGGCCAGUUUCAGUACAAGUGGGGACUACGAAAUGCCAAAACCGGAAAUUCAUAUGUC